GCCCGGCCCAGCAUAGGCGGAGGUGGCAGUUUCCCAGAGAAUUGAGGAGAAAAGAAAGACACCCCAAAAUUUUUAGCAAUUCAACUACAGAAGAACACAACUCUUCAUAUAUAUAUGUGUGUGUGUGUAUAGCGCUUCUUUUGAUUGAUGUGGUCAGCUUCUCUGAGCAACUACUUUUUCCCUCUUUGCUCUCUCUUUCUUUUCCUUCGAUAGGGAAGUGGCAAGUGGGAAUCUUGAGCUGGGCAUGUCCAUGAAAUCGACCAGUGAGAAGCAAAAAAGAAAAAGAAAAAGAAAAAGAAAGUCUGACUCAAGAUCAGAAGCAGAAUGCUUACUUACGCCUUUGAAUCAAGAACAGGAGAAAACAUAUAUAUAUAUAUAUGUAUGUAUAGGAAAUAUGUACUUGGAACACGUGUCAUCUAUCACAUAAAACAAUUGACAUAUAGCCAUGAGAGUUUCUCAGUUGUUUUACAGAGAAAAAAAAAGGGAACUCUCUCUCUCUCUCUCUCUCUCUGCAGCUUUCAGCAUUAAUUCUAGAGACCAAGGACUCUUUUCAUUUCAUGCUGCAUCAAAGGCCUGACAGGAAUACCAUUUUAUUCCAGUGCAACAAAAGAAUAGACAUUCUUUAUGAGCACGACUCAUAAGCUUCUUUGUUACAUAUAUUGGCAUUAACAUUAUGCAAGCUCUGCUCCAAACAUUCUGGCCUUGUCAGUUCCUCGUUAGAGGAUUUUCCUCACUUUUCUUAAUUUGUUUCCCCUCUAUAUAAAAUUCCAACUGGUCCCUGAUCUUGUUGGGCUUGUGUUGAGCUCGAGUACUAGAACUGGAAGCUUUUUCAUGGGGAAGAUUGGAACUGGAGGAAGCUCGUGGUUGAAUGCAUUGAAAAAAGCUUUCAGGUCUCCGACGAAAGACAACCAGAAAAGCAGCAGCAGGAGAAGAGAAGAAAAUGAACAAGAAGAAGAAGAGAAGAAGAGAGGAAAGCAAAGGUGGAUAUUCCACAGAGCUUGCAUUUACGAAACCACAAUACAGCACAAUGAAGCCGCUAAUGCUUCAAGAAGUGCUAGUGCGGCAACUUUGCCGGCAAAUCCUGUGCCAGAGGUGGCUGCCGCCGAGCAAAGACGAGCCUAUGCGGUGGCUAUAGCGACCAAAGCUGCCGCUGAGGCGGCAGUUGCCACGGCCAGAGCUGCAGUGGAAGUUCUCCGGCUAACCAGGUCCGCCAUUCUCGCAAGACAACAUAAUGCUGCCAUAGCCAUCCAAACGGCUUUCAGAGGAUAUUUGGCAAGGAGGGCUCUGAGGGCGCUUAAAGGGCUGGUGAAGCUGCAAGCUUUAGCAAGAGGCAACAAUGUGAGAAAGCGCGCAAAAAUGACUCUCCAAUGCAUGCAAGCGCUUGUCCGAGCCCAAUCUCGAAUGAGCGACCAGCGUAAGAGGCUAUCUUAUGAAGGAGUCAUGGAUUCCAUCUUCAUGGCUGAUCAUAGAAAGUCCAUUUCCAGAGAUGACUGCAGCGGUGAAGAUGACUGGAAUACAGUAGAAGAGGUCAAAGCUAUGGCUACUACUAAACGUGAAAAGGCCCUUGCUUAUGCUUUCUCUCAACAGAUGUGGAGGUCUGAUAAGGGCCCAGUCACAGGCAGCCAAUUAGCGGUACAGGAGAAAUCGGGAUUGCUAGACCAGUGGAUGACGACAGGCAGAAGUUCCUGCGACCAAAGACGGGCGUCCCCAGUGCAUGAGGUUCCCCGGUUUGCAACAAGCAGAAGUUCCUGUGACACGAUAAAAACAGUUGAAAUCGACACUUCCAGGCCUUACUCUUGCUCAACCCCCAACUUCCAACAAGAGCCAUUUCCAUCGCCUUACAAACCAAAACCUUUCCAAGUACACUCGGCCAGCCCACGGUGCAUAAGGGAAGACAUAAACUACCUCAAAGCUCAGACGCCAACCCUGCGCUCCAUUCAUACCAGUACUGCAUCUACGCCCAACUACAUGGUUGCCACAGCAUCGGCCAAGGCACGGGUCCGAUCACAUAGUGCACCGAGGCAAAGGCCACUGAGCGACAGACCAAGUUCAGCCAAGAAACGCCUAUCUUUCCCUGUUCCGGACCCUUCAGUUGAGGUGGAGCAAAGGUCUAACGUGUCCUCGUGUUGCCAUGGCUGUGGUCACGAAGUUUCUUCACCUUCGGCUGCAGCCGGUGGUGUUAGGAGGUGGCUGAAUUGAACUAUUUUACCCAAGAUUUAAGGGAGAAGAAGCAUGCUGAAUUGAACUAUUUUACCCAAGAUUUAAGGGAGAAGAAGCAGCUGGUUGAAAAAAGCUCUGUGCUCGGAAAUAAUCCUAAGCAAAUGUACUAUGCUUACAUUGAAUGCUUUGCCUAUCAACUUCGUUUGACGCACAUUUUUUCUAUUGUAACUGCUCUGAAGUUGGGUCUGAAACAUUCAAAUUUCAGUAAUCUUAUCAGAA